UAUUGCAGAUAGACAGUGAGACAGCAGGAUAGAGAAUUUAAGAGUGGCAGAGAGAGAGAGUACUAUUAGGUGUAGAAAAGGCAGCAAGACUGGGUUUUGAAGUAUAGGAGAGGCAGCAUUGAGUAUCACAGCAAGUUCCUUUGGAGUUGCCAGAAGAAUCCACACUGUAGUCUCCGAGCAUAAGACGAGAGAUCUCACAAAAUGAGAGUCCUGGGCCUCACCAUUUUUAUCACAAUGAUACACUGGAUCACUUGUCUUGAAGACAGGGAAAUGUAUUCUUCAACAGAUCAGCUGGUUAAGCUCCUAGGUGUUGGUAGAGAGCUGGAGCAGAACCUGACGGAGUACAUCGCAGCGGAGGAGGCCAUUUUGGAAAAGCUGAAAAAAACGCUGCUGGAGCUCUCAGCGGUUACAGCCAGUGUGGAUUCUGCUGAUGGGCUGGAGGAGUAUGUGAGUAACCCACUGACUGCAUACAGGCUGGUGAGGAACAUGAGGAGCAGGUGGAGCAGGAUGGAGGAGACCCUGGGGAAAAGCCCCUUACCUGAGUUCCUGGCGUUGAUGAAGCUGAUGUCAGAGGCCCUUCCGACUGAUAGAGAUGUGGAUGGAAUAGCUCUGGGGCUGCUCCGGCUGCAAGACACAUAUCAACUACUGCCGCAAAGUCUCAUGGGUGCAGCAGGACAGCAAGAGUCAUCGUUGGGCCCAGAUGAAACCUUCCACAUCGCCAUGGUUGCGUAUGAGAACCAGAAGUUCUCCCUCUACAUGGGCUGGAUGCUGGAGACGCUGAGGCAGCUGGAGCUGGGCUCUCUGGCGGCCUCCCUCCUCCACAUGGACCACCUGCCCACCACACACAGCUUCAUCCAGCAGCUGCUCACACAGGGCCCCAGUGAGGUGCAGGGUGUCCUUCAGCAGAUGUACCAGGCCAGUGUCCAGCAGGGCCUCAUCCCGGAGCUGGACCAUCCCAGCAUGCACCUGCUCACACGCACAGGCUCCUUCAGUAAUGCGUAUGAGGCCUUAUGCAGAGGCCAGGGCAUCACCAUGCCUCCAGAGAGACAGAAGAGGUUGUUCUGCCGCUACAGUCGUGGAGGGGGUGGUGUGUCUUCUCUGUAUGCGCCCUUCAAGGAGCAGGAUGAGUGGGACUCACCACGCAUCGUCAGAUACGUCGACCUCAUCUCAGACCAGGAAAUAGAUGUCAUCAAGACGCUGGCCAGGCCCAAGCUUUACAGGGCAAAGGUGAUGGACCACGGUACUGGAAAGAAGUAUGCAACAGAAACCCGUGUAUCAAAAAGUGGCUGGCUGGCUGAUGAGGAGGACCUGGUGAUUGGAAAUCUGAAUCAGAAGUUGAGUGCGGCCACUGGGCUGGACAUGACUGUUGCUGAGUCUCUUCAGGUUGCAAACUAUGGGAUUGGUGGGCAGUACGAACCUCACUUUGACUCAAGGCUUGCGAAUGACACAGACCUUGUACUCAAAGGGAACAGAAUUGCUACCAUCUUAAUAUAUAUGAGUGAUGUGAGACUAGGGGGAGCCACGGUAUUUCCUGAUGCAGGGGCUGCACUAAAACCACAAAAGGGCUCUGCAGUGGUUUGGUAUAACUUGCUGCGGAAUGGAAAGGAAGAUGAUCGCACCUUACAUGCGGCCUGUCCCGUCUUCAUAGGGAGCAAAUGGGUGGCAAACAAAUGGGUUCGGGAGAGAGGCCAAGAGUUCAGGAGAAGGUGUUCCUUAUCGCCCUCGGAAUGACUUCUACUGGAUUUGAAU